AUGUUAUUCAAGCGCCCUCCUAGUGACAAGGGAGCCGCGUGGCCGGCCAUCUUAGUAGGGUUAUUCGCGUCAUUUGGCGGCAUUCUGUAUGGAUAUGACACCGGGACUAUCGCUGGUAUCCAGACUAUGCCCUACUGGAUCGAGGAAUUCAAUAACCCUGGUUCCGGCCGCAUAUCCUUAAUUGUUUCUAUCUUGUCGGUUGGAACGUUCAUUGGGUCACUCGCAGCGGGUAUCAUGGCAGACUUUACAGGCCGAAGAUGGGGAAUCAUCUUGUCAGUCAUGUUCCCUUUCAAUCUCGGUGUGGCCCUUCAAACUGCUGCUACAACGCAGCCCCUGUUUAUUGCUGGUCGCUUUUUCGCGGGCCUGGGGGUUGGCCUAGUUUCCGCCAUGGUCCCCAUGUACCAAUCCGAGACUCUACCUAAAUGGAUCAGAGGCGCAGUUGUUGGAUGCUACCAGCUCUGCAUCACAAUUGGCCUUUUCCUGGCUGCUAUUGUGAAUUGGGCAACCCAGAACAGGAACGACAGCGGCAGCUAUCGUAUCCCGCUUGCCAUCCAAUUCGCAUGGGCUUUGAUUUUAGCUGGAGGUCUGCUCUUCCUGCCAGAGACACCUCGUUUUCUGAUCAGAAAAGGAGAUGAGGCCCAAGCCCAUCGAUCGUUGAUGUUUCUCCGCCGCUUGAGCGCUGAUGAUCCAGCGAUUAUCUCCGAGAUUCAAGAGCUGAAGAGCAUCUGGGAGUAUGAGAAGUCUCUUGGCUCUGCUUCCUAUAUUGAAUGCUUCAAGGGCACUGCCGGUAAACGCACAAUUACCGGAAUCGCACUCCAAUCACUCCAGCAACUCGUCGGUAUCAAUUUCAUCAUCUAUUACGGUACAAGUUACUUCGCGGAGAACGUCGAGGGCCUGCCCGACUCUUUCAUCCUGCAGGUGAUCGUUAAUUCCGUCAAUGUGGUUAUGACACUUCCAGGCCUUUGGGCAAUUGACCGUUUCGGACGGCGUCCGGUUCUUCUGACGGGUGCCAUCGGUAUGGGUGUCUCCCAAUAUAUUGUGGCAGCUUGUGGCGCUGCAACUCCGGUUUCCAAUUUCACUUCACAAUGCGCCCAGUUUGCUUUUAUCUGCAUAUACGUCUCUUUCUUUGCAUCCACUUUUGGCCCCUGCGCUUGGGUUGUCACGGGAGAGAUUUUUACGCUCCAGACCCGUGCCAAAGGUCUUUCCAUGACGACUGCAGCAAACUGGUUUUUCAACUGGCUGCUCUCUUAUAUUACGCCGUACCUCACUGGAGCGCUCGACCCAACCCAGUCCAACGUGUUCUGGAUCUGGGGUAGCUUCUGCUGGAUCGCCCUGGUGUUUGUAUACGCCAUGAUUUAUGAGACGAAGGGGCUGUCGCUUGAAAAGGUCUCUGAGCUCUAUGAAAAUGUCCCGAGGGCAUGGAAGAGCCCCGGUUACCGUUCUGAGCUUCACAUGGGCUCUGUUUCUCAAGCUCACCAGAACACUUCGAUUUUUGAAGAUGAAAAGCCUUUGGACCUGUCUCUGGAGGGUGCUAGCAAAGCGUGAUCAGGUACUCGAUGCCAGAAGUGGACUCUUGCAACCCAUGUCAGACAAAGGGAGACCCACUAGCGAAUCUCGUCU